AUGGCUGAGACAGUAGGUGUAAUACCAAGAGAUGAAGAGGAGAUCCAAAAUGACAGUGAUGAUGAAGACCUGUUUCUGAAUCAUGUUGUAACAGCAUCCCCUGGUUGCUCUGCCAGCCCUUCUUUAGACAACCUUCAUGAAGACAAGGAAAUCUCAGCAGUGCCAGAAAGACUGUCUGUCACCUCCAGCAAGGCUGUGGCACAGGAAGAAGCCCUGACCAGCCCAGAGAUGGUUAGUGGUGACCAGGCACAGAGAGCAGCCUUGGAGUUGGAUGAGCAUCAUCUGACGUCUGUAAAUGCAUCAUUAGGUGGCUUAUUAGGCCCAGAAGUAGUCAGUAACCUGCAGCCCGUGGGCAUUGCCUCCCUGUUCUUCAGAAGAUCCUACUGCAAUAGUGACCCAAGUUUGGAGGUGCCACAGGUCCCAAGGGUUCCUGGUGGGGCUGAUGAACCCCUACAAGCUGCCAUUGCCCUGCCUGAGACCGAACCCAGGAGUUGCCACAUGCAGCAGGCAGAAAGCACUGCCAAGGGUGAUAUAGUUCCUUGUAGUCUGGGUCGGGUCAUUUGGAUGAAGACCACAAAAGUAAUGGACACCUUAGAAAGUAAGAAAAAGGAGGAAAAGGAAAAGUACCGUCUCCAGCUAGCUAUGUACCGACGGCUUCUGCUGUUGCGCUCAAUCAGGAGCUUGCAUAAGCAGCUGGAGCAGCAGCAGGCCAGAUUGCAGGAGUGCUAUGGCAUGGUAAUAAAUACCAAAAAAGAAGUGUUGAAACACUUUUGCUCAACCUCGCCCUCACCUUCACCAUAA